UAACCGCCAUGGAUCCACAGCAACAGAGAGAAGCAGCUACACCGUCACGGCCACCGCCUCCGCCUCGUCCAGCUCAAAGUGUUUAUUCGUUUCCAAUCAUCGUGAUCGUCUUUGCCUUCAUUGUUAUCGCCUCCUCGGCAAUGAUUCCUCCUUCAAAUAUUAAAAAUACCUUAUCCAUUUUGCAUCAAGUCCCAGAAGGUCAUGUAGGUGUGUAUUGGAGGGGAGGUGCUCUUCUAAAGACAAUAACAGAGCCAGGUUUCCAUUUGAAGAUGCCUCUGAUAACCCAGCAUGAGCCUGUUCUAGUUACCCUUCAAACAGAUCAGGUGAGGGAUAUCCCCUGUGGUACUAAAGGGGGUGUCAUGAUCAACUUUGAAAAGAUAGAGGUUGUCAAUCGGCUUCGAAAAGAAUAUGUGUAUGAGACGCUGCUCAACUAUGGUGUUCAUUAUGACAACACAUGGAUAUAUGACAAGAUUCAUCAUGAGAUCAAUCAGUUUUGCAGCUCUCAUACUCUUCAACAAGUUUAUAUAGAUGUGUUUGAUCAGAUAGAUGAAAAGAUGAAAGAUGCUCUUCAGGGCGAUUGCACACGCUAUGCACCAGGAAUUGAAAUUCUUAGUGUACGCGUUACAAAGCCCACCAUACCUGAGAGCAUUAGAAGAAAUUAUGAACAAAUGGAAGAGGAACGCACGAAGGUAUUAAUAUCUAUUGAGAGACAAAAAGUAGUUGAAAAAGAGUCAGAGACACAAAAAAAGAUGGCUAUUAGUGAAGCUGAGAAGACUGCCACUGUUAGCAAGAUCUUGAUGGAACAAAAGUUGAUGGAGAAGGAGAGUGCUAGGAGGCAGCAGGAAAUUGAGAACCAAAUGUACAUUGCUCGUGAAAAGAGUCUAGCAGAUGCUGAUUUUUACCGUGUAAUGAAAGAAGCUGAAGCAAACAAGUUGAAGCUGACCGCAGAAUUUCUUGAACUCAAAUUCAUCGAGGCCAUUGCUGAUAAUACAAAGAUUUUCUUCGGGGACAAGAUUCCCAAUAUGGUUAUGGAUCAAAGGCUUUUUGGCAACUUCCUUCAGAAUGCGUCCCGACAGGUGGCCAUGGAAAGGCAACUAAAGUCAGAUGCUUAAGUUUCAAUAAAUGCCAUGAAGUGAAAUGGUCAAUACACCUUAUACACAACAUAGAAUAUAACAAAAAAAAUUUUUUUGGUUAAUCAUCCUUUUUACUCGACUAGUAUAUGGGAGGGAUUCUUGAUAAUGCUUUUGGUUAGCAGAAAGUAAAGGUAGAUAGUCUUUUACAUUUGUUCAGUGGUUUAAUCUGUAAAGUGUAGUGGUUUUCUUUUCCUUUUUGUUUCUGUUGUCAAUAUCUUCAUUGGUUUUUCUUCGAGUUACUUGUAUUGUUCAUCACGAUUUAUGAAAUAAUCGAAGAAUUA